AAUGUUCUGUUACCGACCAAACCAAAACUAAGCAGCAAGGAUUUUCCAUGGCUAGUUGGGAACCCAUCCUCCCAAAGAUCAAGAUUCAAGUUCUGGCUACGCACGAUGGGCCGGGCCAACACCCUCCCUUACCUCCUCAUCAACUCCUUCCCUCAGGAAGACGGCCAGCCCAGGGAACUGUCCGAUCACGGCCCAACAGUUCUCCCAGUAGGCCCAUUGCUCUCAUCCACCGAUAAUCCAACGAUGUGGGAGGAGGACAAAUCUUGCAUGAAUUGGCUAGACGAACAACGUCCCGCCUCGGUCAUAUACGUAUCGUUCGGGAGCUGGGUCGGGCCCAUCGAACCCGAGAAAAUGGCCGAGCUCGCCCUUGGGCUCGAGGCAACGAAGCAGCCAUUCCUUUGGGCCUUGAGGAACGACGGCCCGUGGAGAGACGGGCUUCCGUCGGGCUUCCUUGAUAGAACCACAGGACGCGGGAAAAUCGUUGAUUGGGCCCCACAGGAAGCAGUUCUUGCACACGGAGCGGUCGGGUGCUUCGUGACGCACUGUGGGUGGAAUUCGACGGUGGAGGCGAUCAGAUAUGGGAAGAAGUUUGUAUGUUAUCCGAUAUCAGGUGAUCAGUUCUUGAAUUGUGAGUAUAUUGUUAAGGUCUGGCGAAUUGGGGUCAAGAUCGAGGGACUCGAGAGGAGAGAAGUUGAGGAGAGUGUUAGAAAGGUGAUCACGGAGGAUGAAGAGGGAGAGGGGAUACAAGAGAGGGUGUUGGGGUUGAGGGAGAAGGUGAUGGGGAUGAAGGGAAGGUCCAAGGCUGAGGGUAAUCUGCAGCUGUUUGUAAACGAGAUUAGAAAUAAUGUGUUGUGAAUUACAUGUAAGUAAAUUUAAUCUGGAGAUGAAACUAA